CACAUUGCCUGUUAUUACAUUAUUCUGUCAUUGGCAGUAAUGAAAGGAAAAAAACACACUCAAACAAUAGAAAAUAUAUUGUAUUUUGGUUUUAAUUCGAUUGAAUUUCGAAAUUGUGUUCGUGUUGUUUUGCAAUUCUUUGUAAAGUGUUUUGGUGAUUUGCAAGACAUUGGUUUCGUAGUUUACGCUAAAUACGAGUAAAAUAAGACAAAUUGGAACGUUUUGGGUGAAGACAGAUUUAGUUUAAGAAAACACGUAAAAAAAGAUCUAGUGCAAAAUUAAAAAAAUGAGUUCUUCAUCGUACUCGACCAGCAGUAAGUCCUCUCGUAGUGAGGCUGAAUUUCAAAAAUUGUCACAAACAAUUGCAACUAGUAUACAGAAAAUACUCCAAAAUGUAUCGACUAUGCAACGUAUGGUUAAUCAGAUUGGAACAGCGCAAGAUUCGCCGGAUCACAAACAACAAUUACAUCAGUUGCGAACGUAUACACAGAAGCUUCUCAAGGACACUGAAGGCAUGCUAAAUGAUUUGGUGAAUUCAAACGAUGAUCGACAUUUGAAAAUUCAAAAGGAUCGUUUACUUGACGAAUUUGCAGCGGCCGUGUCGGCAUUUCAGAAUGUUCAAAAGAAGACGGUCGACAUUGCAAAGAGUCAAUAUCGACAGGCACGAUCAAAUAACGUGGCCAUUCCAAAACCGCCCGGUUCACAAGGUAGCAAUAGCAAUAAGGGAUCAUUCUUUAUGGACACAUUUUCAUCACCACAACAAGGUGGCCAACUACAAAAUCAACUCCAAGAAGAUAUAGAUCUGCAAGCACUCGAAGAACAAGAACGAACAAUUCGUGAAUUAGAAGAAAGUAUUGUCGGUGUGAAUGAGAUUUAUAAGAAUUUGGGCGCUCUAGUAUUCGAACAAGGAAAUGUGAUUGACUCAAUUGAAUCGUCGGUUGAACAAACCAGUGUAUUUGUGUCCGAAGGUACCGAACAAUUGCGAAAAGCUAGUCACUAUCGCAAUCAAAUUCGAAAGAAGAAAUUUCUCAUCGCAAUGAUAUUAAUCGCAAUUAUAAGCGUAAUUGCCUUCAUAUUUUGGAUUACAAAUUAAAUUAUAUGUAUAUUAUGUUGUAUCGUCCACGUUUAUUUUUUUAAUUAAUAUUCAAGCAAACAUAACAAAGAAGAAUAAAAUAAAUAAAUCCAAGCAAACGUGUUAUAUUGGAAAAUAUUAAGAAAAUUUUUAGGAAGGCAAUAUUAAACGCAGAGACCCACAUUAUUAAUAAAUUAUAUUAGAUUUAUUUCGGAAA